AUGAGUCCAGUGAGAGCCGAUACGAUUAGCAAACGGAGCAAGCUUCAAAUAGACAUUUGGAUACUCAAUGACGAGGUCCUGGAAAGGGGGAUCGCAAAAUUAAAGAUAAAUGGUGACUACGACCGACUGGGCGAAGGAGAUUACGAAGUGUCAAGCGACAAUGCCGACGAUCGUUCGCUUGACGGGGGAGUCUCUGCCCUCGCCAUCGAAUGCAACGACACGGACACACUUGUCACAGCCUCUACGCACGGACACUACAUGGAUAAGGGUGUCGAUACGAACGGCGACAAGGGUUCGGGUCUUCUCGACGAACCCGAAACCUCUCGCAUUUCACACUCUAUGAACCCUACCCACGGCCAUUCCUCUCCCAUUCAUCCUAAUCCAUCUCCUCAUCCCUCCGCGGCAUGCAACAAUCUCGAGUGGAGACAUACGACGGUUUCAGAGCGUAUCACAAACGAGAGGAGAGGAUGGUGCAGGAUGGGCAGGCGUUUGAACUUUGAAGCCACCGGCCCUGCUCGACGCCCGCUCUUGCGCCUGCCCAGUGCCCACGCUCUUGCAUUCGCCCGAUUCGCCCGCUUUAAUAGCACCAUCAUCACGUCCCAUUGCGCUGUCAAUUUGCUCGGUAUGCUCUUCCCGGCUGCUCAUUCCAGUUCGGUGAAGAUGCAGAUGGCGGACUGGUAA